ACUAAACCGCGCUUAUACAUGCAUAAUAUUGGGUUCAGUGUAAACAUUUUUGCGAAUACAAUGCUAAAAAUGUUGCUCACACAUGAUACAUAAUUUAUUGCGAUCUUCACUUGACCCCUCGCGUUCUUUAUUGCAAAUGUGUGUAUAUAAAUAGUUGUGGAACAAUUAGUGAGUGGAUGAGAGGAGUUUUUAAUGAAUUUGAAAAGAGAAAGCAGAAAAACAGGGGGAUGAAAUUGGAUCAGUGUUAUUGUGAGAUGAAAGAGCAGUUCACUAAUAAUUAGUUUAAAACUUGAUGAAAAAUCUGUGAAGCCCAGAUAUAGCAGAGUUAUAUGUGGUCAUCGAAUAAUAGAAUCGAAAAGGAAGCAUAGAAAAAUCCCGAGAGAAGUGUGUGUACUUGUGUGAUAGAGCGUGUUUUUUGUGUGCAGAAGAAUAAUAAUAAUACUGUGGUGGUUUGUAAUAAUCAGAGGAAAAAGUAUAGUGAGGAAAAAAAGACAAGUGUGAUCAGCUAAAUAAAAACGUCGCGCGGCGCAUUCCUUGGCGAACCACUGAAUUUCCCCAGUUUCCACACCAUACAGCGAACCCCAGAUUAUAUUGCUAAAUAGAAGAAGAGUAGCAGGAGGAAAACUUCGGGAAAAUCUGAUCUGUGAGAAGUAAUUUCUUCUCAGGAGCCCCAGACACGCACGAGACUCUUGUCAACUGGACAUCGGCGGAGAAGGCUUGAUUAUCGAAGGACUUGCCAAGAGUGUUUAAGCCACACAACAAAAGCGAGCGAAGGGAGAGAAAAGAGGAGAAAUGGCAGCCCCAAAUCCACAGCUCGACGCACAGCUCUCAACUGCUCCAAAGUAUGGGACUCUGAUUCCAAAUAGGAUCUUUGUGGGUGGCAUAAGUGGCGAUACAACAGAGUCUGAGCUUUGUCGAGUGUUCUCAGCCUAUGGGAAUGUCAAGUCCACGAAAAUCAUUGUUGAUCGCGCUGGUGUAAGCAAAGGUUACGGAUUUGUGACUUUUGAGACAGAACAGGAAGCUCAGCGGCUACAGAGUGAUGGUGAGUGUGUUGUGCUGCGCGAUCGCAAGCUGAAUAUUGCGCCUGCUAUUAAGAAGCAGUCAGUGUGCACAACAAAUGGCGCUAUUUACUACGCAGCAACACCCCCAACACCCAUGAGCAAUAUGCCGAUCGAUCAAUUUGCCGCUGUGUACCCUCCAGGUGUGCCAACUUUAUAUCCGCCAUCGAUGCCGUACCAACCAUUUUAUCAAUACUAUAGUGUGCCAAUGGUAAAUAAUACUUGUCCAAUAAAUGUUCCCACUAUUUGGCCUCAAAACUACCAAGGUAUCUAUCCAUGUUAAAGGAAAAUAGUUCGAAAACCAGUGAUAUUUGUAUCAACAUCAAUUAAUUGAUACCCCGUAAAUUGCGUGUUUGGUGAAGCCCUGCACGGAUUAUAUUUUAGUCAAACCAUGAAUUUCGAGCAAUAGCUGACUUUAUUACAUUAAACUCGAAAUUUCGCAAGAUGUGUGCCCAACAUUCUGGGACGAGUAUGAGAUGAUGGGAAAAAGGAUGUUAUUUAAAUGGAAGGCAAGAAAAAAUUACAUUGUAGAAAUCGGAUGAAGGAUGUUUAGUUAAGACGGUUGCACCAAAGAAAUGAGAAGAAGAAGAAGAGGACGAAUAGACAGAAAGGAAGAAAAUGUUGUGAAACAUUUCUGAUUCUUCUGAUUAAUAUUCAAUUGGAUUUAUGUUAUGAUGGAAAAAUUAUUUAAAAUUUCAUUUUGGAAAUUAAUAAUAAUAUUUAUAUAUAUACAAUAUAUAGAUAAUAUAAAAUAUACAAAAAGAUAAAAAAAUAAGUAUAAAAACUCAAUGAUUAAACUCAACAUAUAGGAAUGAUUCAAGAUGGAUGAAGGAGAAAAAUCUAUUGAAAGCUACAAAUUGUUAAAGCAUAUAUAAGCAACUAUUCUAUAAAGGUACGCAUAUAUAAGUAUAUAUUUUAAAAGAGAGAAUGUGUAAUUCACAAGAAUCAUAUAUAUAGAAUAUAUAUAUAUAUUCUAGAGAAGAAGACAAACAAGAAUAUUAAACACUUUUACUGAUGAUGAAGAAGAGAGAAUGAUAGAGAAAAUAACUAAACAGCCGUAUAUCAAAAAAAAGACAAAAAAUGCAUCAGAAUAACCAAGAUAUUUACUGUAAAACUAACGAAUGAUCCUACUAAAUUCUUUCUCCAAAAUUUUUAGGGUAAAAAUACGUUCUAUAAAUACAUACAGUUGGAAUGUUUGAUUGUAGAUUGAAUUUAAAAAAAAAAAGAAAAUCUACAGAACAUCACAAUGUUCUUCGCAACAUCGACAAGUUUUUUUCGUCUAUUUUUCAACAUCUGCAUUUCAACUGUGUGUAUUUUGGAAGUCAACUGAUGUGGCAAAAAAAACACUAUUGAUAUAUUGAUAUAUGAUUCACAACUAUAAUACAAUUAAGUGUCAAUUUUAAUUGAAAGGAGACGAAAAACCUUUAGACAUUAAUUACUGCAUAAAUAUUGUGUAUGUCUGUACAUGGCGAAAUUGUUGGAAGGAAGAUGAAACAGAAGGAAGCAAAUAACUUAACUGAUGAUAAACCAAAAUAUAAACGCAGCACAUAAACACUUAGGUUUACUUUUUGGAAAGGAGAACAUUUUUUUAAAUAGGUGCAGAGAGAACAAGCAGAAACAGUGAUAAAGUAUUGUUAUGUGGGAUAUAAAGUGUUGGAGGUUCAACAUUUAGUCUGACUUGCCUCUAAUUUUUGAUAAAAUUGGUUCAAUGAGUGAAAAGUAGAGAAAAAAAAAUAACAAACGGAUUCGUUCAAAUGCGGAAAUGAUAGCAAGAUGUUGAAGCUACUUAAGGAUAGACAAAAAAAACAAUGUGGUGCCUUUAGCAAGUGUAUGGAACUCCUUUUUGAUUACGCUUGUUAGUUAUCAACAUCAGGAAGUUUGGGAUUUAUUUGUCUUGAUACGCUCAAAUGCAUUUUGCCAGGCUUUUUUCUAUUAUCUCACGACAAACCUCUCACAAUUUACAUCCUACAGCAAGUAAAUCCUGCUAAAUCAUUUUUAGUUAUGUUUUCUAUUAUGUCAAUUGAUUGUUCUUUUGCUGUCAAUAGGCAUGAACAUGAUUAGAUGGUCCUUCUGCAAGUGAAAAUGUAAUCGUGUUCAUACUUCAAUGAGGGAGAAAAAAGUGGACUGUGGUUCAGUAUAGCGGAAAAGUUUAGUGUGUUUCUUGUCUUUGCGAGAGGGAAAAGUUUGACAUUCUGAAUAAGCUUUGAAUCAAGAUAAAUGGCAGUUCUUCACAGUUUCUUUUUAAGAUCUUUCAUUGGACACUCACAGGAAUAGGAAGAAAUAGGUGCAUUGGGACACAAUGUAACAGAAAUUUACUUUUGAUAUUUUUUUACUUUUCACGAGCGAAGUUUACUCAAGACGUCCAACUUUUUCUUCAUGCAUGGUUGAAAUGCACUGAAAUUCUUAAAACUGAAUCACUCCGAAAAAAAACGACCUAAUAUAAAAUGAGCGAAAUAUUUAUUAGGAGUAAUUCUAAAAAGGAAUAUUUAUACACAAAGUUUUACUCAGAAUACACUCUUGUAUUCCACUGACUAAAAUAUUUAUUUCACUCUAAUUUAUAAAUCUUGUAGUCUGUAUUGAUAAAUAGAGGGGAGAACAACUUCAAUUAAGGAUGAAAGAGAGCAAAUAGAAAAAUCUCCUAGUAUUUAAAAAUAUCAAGAAUGAAAAGAAGAAAACAAUUAUUUAAAACAACUUAAGAAUAUACUACUAGACUAAUUGUAUCUUAAGACCUCUGAAUUAUUGACCUUUAUUUCCAAUUCUAAACUAUUAUGUGGAGAUAUUUAUCUCAGAAUCAUAGUUGCAAAAUUCAUAUUUACCAUGAAAAAUAUAUACACAGUAAAAUAUUAUUAUAUUGAAAAAAAUAUUUCUAUUAAUAAAUGAAUGAAAAGUCAAAAUAGAUAUUAAUCAUAGAAACAAGAUGAAUAUAAUGGAAUUAUAGGUGAGAAUGUCAUACCAAAACAUAUUUCAGAGAAAAGGAAAUUUUAGAUUAAAAAGCAAUACAAGUCGUGAGUAAAGAGAAAUUAUAGCAAAAAAAGAUGGAAAUGAAGACAGAUGGUAUAUAAAAAAAAUUUUUUGAAAUAAAAGAAAAAUAACUUGGUGAUAUUUUGAACUAAAAUAUAUUAAUGAAAAAGAGUAAAAAGAAAUGAAACAAUUCAUAGUGUAAUGCAAGUAAUUAUAGGAAAAUGCAAUGCUAAGUUAAUGUUUUUCCUCUUUAAGUAUAAACCUGUGUCAUUUUUUAUUGAAGUUUUGUUAUCCGGCAAUGACUACUGAAAUACGUUAAAAAUGUCGCGUCAUUGAAGACAGUUUUGUUAAUUAUAAUUUCUUUACUUUCAAUGAAUAAAAAAUGAAAUAGAAGAAAAAACUCCACGCCGCAUUGGUAAUAAAAAAGUGAAAAGAAGAUAUGUUUUUAAUGAAAUGACAAUAAUUUAGUAAGAUAAAAAACGGAAAAGGUGAAAAUUGCAACUAAUAACAAAUAAGAAGUCACUGAAAUGAGAUUAUUUAUUGUUUUACCUUCUAUGUUAUGACUUGUUAUGGGUUUUAUUUAACACUUCAACUUGAUUUCAUGUACAGAACGGACAUGAACUGCCAAAACCUAGGUGAAAAACAAACAUAGAGAAAGCAUCUCGGAAAGACUUGAUCAUAUUUUUUCUCUUCAUUAUUAUUUUUUUGUAUUAUUAUGUACGAAGACGUACAAUAUUUAUAAAACUCUGUUAUAUGGAAUAAUUUAUUUAUAGUGAAAAAUGGCGAAGAAAUGAAAGCAAAGGUGGAAAAUCUAAUAUAAAUUAUAAUAGAAGAACAAUAAUUAGUGAAUGACUUGAGUAAUAAGUUGGAUUAGUGCAUGCAUAAAACCUACAAUUAAUAAAGAGAUAGAAAUGGUUUCAUAUAUUGUUUUAAAUUAGUUAUUCAUAUAUAUAAAAAUAAAUUAUAUUACAAGGAAGGACGAAUGAAGAAAAAAAACAAUGUAGAUGUCGAUAUCAAAUUAUAUAAAUUUUUAUAAUCAAAAAAGUACAGAAUGUCUCUCAACAAGUGCGGAGAAAUCAAAGCACACACAAAUUAUAUAUUUAAAAAAAAAAGUGAAGUGAGAAAAAAUUCAGAAAACAUUGAUGAAUAUAUAGAAAAUAUUUAUAAAAUAAAUAUAAAAUUACUGUUUAGCGGUUGUGUGCGAAGGAAUGAAAUAUACUCCUGAUGAAUUGAUGGGAUUUUCAAUUGAAGAUCUCAUUGAUUUCGAGGCUGGAUAACAACACUAUCCGAAAGGAGUAUUGGCAAUUUUUUAGGAAUAAAAGGACACUUUGUUGCGAUCCAAAUUGAGUGAGACUGUUCGAUGGAUUGAUUACGAGCAUGGAGACAUUUUUUCAUACAAUAAUUUAAAUGGAAAUAACACCUGAGAUGCAAAUGAAGCAAUUGUCGUUCCGCAGUGCGCCUCCUCUUGAAUUGUUCUCUGGCCUAAGGAACUUGAGAAUAGGAAUAUUAAAUAUUCGACGAUUGAGGAUAUUUGCUGCAAGAGUGAUAAUUGCUUCAGUUUGAAUCGAUUUGUAGAACAAAACUCCGCGAUACAGUGAGACAGUUACUUAACGAUGACUUUGGACGAUGAUGGAUGGAAAUAGUAAAGUAAAAAUCUUGUUAUCAUUUCACUUUCUGAAAUGAUUAUAUUGUUAUAUACAUAUUUAAAAUAUAAAAACAAACAAGAGAAACCCUAAACAUAAAUUUUUGAAGCCAAGCAGACGGUAAAUGGAGAGUUUGUCUCGAAAACUUAAAUGUUUUUUAUCAAUACCAAGAAGUAAAAUUGGUCAUGACUCCGAAUAAAAUAUUAUACAUAUUGAACUGGAAGGAAGAAAAAAAAACAUCUAUAUUAAAAGAAUAAGAAAAAAGUAUAACUUUAUUCGUAUAUGUGAUAGACUAAACAAAUAAAUAAUAUACAAACAAGGAAUGUAGAUGAAAAAAAAUAUUAAAAAUAUUCAUAAAGGAAUAUUCUCUAAAAAGCAAGAAAAGAUAUAUUUAGAGCGCAUCUCGGCGAUAACGAUAUUAAUAUAAUUUUAAUAAGUGAAUAAUGAAAAGAAACACUACAAAUUCUUCCCCCAAGAAAUGGUCUUAGGAAUGAAAAAAAAAUAAAAUUUUGAAAGAAAAAAUUAAAUGGCAAAGACACAAUUUUCGAGAAUUUAAAAAGUAUUUAUUAGAUCAUCAAGAUCGAACUAUUAUAAUUUCCCCAAGGGAGUUGCAAUGUGUCAGACAGUUAGCAUAAUGUGAAUUAUUAUUAUUAUAUCUAAAGAAGAAAAGAAAAAUAUGUACUUAAUAAACACUAAAUAAAUUCGCAGACCAUUACGGGAUAUUAUAUUAAAGGAAAAGCUGAGAGAGAGAGAUGGUGUGAGAAAAAAAGAAGCAGAGACAGUGUAAAGAUAGAAGAAUAAACUAUAGGAACUAAAAGAGAAAAAGGUUAAAUAGUUAAGAACAACAUGAAAGGCUGUAAUUUUAAGUGAAAAACUAAUAUAAAUACAAGUGAAAACGAGUAAUAAACAAAAUUUUAACUUAGGUAAUGUAAUAUUAUUGAUAAAAUAAAUUAAUUGUAAGUCAUGAACAGUA